AGUGAGUAUUCAGCUUUAUAUCUUCUUGUUUCUGUUGUUUAACAUUGAUAUUUAAACAUGUCGUUUAGCUGUUGAAUUUAUUUUCUAUUUUGAACUAAGCAUUUCUCUAUUGUUUGGAAAACAUUGGCUGCAAGUUUGGCAGCUUCGUUGUAUGGAACUAGGUUUGAGCCGUGCCCAGUGGUUGUAUGUAUUCGGAGUGUUCUCUCGCGCCUGCGGUCAGUCUGAGAGCUUGACUGAGUAGGGGAAUCUCCCGCGGGUUUUAUCCGAGGAUGAAGGCAUACCUGAACACCCAGGGUUGGGUCUUCAAACUCCAACCCAAAACGACAAGGGUCGGGAGGCAUCAGGACAACGAUCUCUGUUUACGGAAUGCAGGAGUGGAGGAGAGCCAUGCCCUGAUUGAGUGGUGUGAGGCGGAGCAUUGCCACGUCCUCACCGACCUCGACUCUUCCCACGGCACGUACGUGAACGGAUGCCGUAUCCAUAACGCCAGUGUCAGACUGUCGCCAGGAGACCAGCUGCACUUUGGCUAUGGAGGCUCCGCCUAUGAUCUGACGGUGGACAGCAGCGUCCUGCUCCCCCUGCUGGGCAGAGAUCAGAGCGCAGUGCCCCCUGCCUGGGUUUGGGAAGGACCGCCCCUCACACCCCACCCCCCCACACGGAGCCCUGCCCCUCGCACGCGCCCGGCCAGCGCAGGAACCAGACGCCCCGGGCAGAGCCACACCCUAACCCCGCCCUCUCAUAGGCCAGGAAGUUGGCCUGGCAACACAGGAAGUAAAAGUUCAGCCAGAAGUCCAAUGGUGUCACAGAGCCUGCAGUCCUUGCAGCAUCUCCUGCAAGAGAAGGAGGAGCGUGUGUUGCAUCUGGGAGAUGAGGUUUGCCGGCUGAGUGUGUUUGAGAGUGAGUGUGUGAGAAAGGACCGUCUCAUCUCCUCGCUGCGUGACGAGGUGUCCGCGCUCUCACACCAGCUAACACACUCCCAGGCCCAGGUGGACGUCACACACACACUCAACAGCCUGCAGACAGAGAUCAGCCUCAAGACCCAGCAGAUACAGGAGCUCAAGGAGCAGCUGUUGGAGUUGCAGGUGUCUAGUGAGCAGGUUAAGCAGGCGGUGUCAGACAGAGACCUGAAGAUCACCAGCCUCCGAGCUCAGCUGGACAGAAUGAAAAAUGACCACACCAAGAACUUGGGCCUGGUGUCCAGUCUGCAGAGUGAUCUCUCAUCCAAAGACAGACACACACAGAAGCUGACUGCUGAAUUGGACCGACUGCGGCAGGACAUCAGACACAAGGAUGCACAACUGCAGAACCUCUCUAGCAAGUUCUCCAAGAAGCAGCAGGCAGAUACUCUGGCACAUGACAAUGAAGUGAACUCCUUAAAGAAGACUGUGGAGUCGUUGGAGGCGUCUCUAAGAAACAGCCAGAGAGACGUGAGGCUGAUCAGCUCCGACAGAGACUCACUAAUGGAGAGACUUCAGGACAGAACUCAGGAAACAUCAUCUCUGAAAGUGGAACUGGACAAACAGAGACAGCAGUUGGUGGAAACACAGACCCAGCAACACAGUACACAUCAACAACUCCAGCUGUUCCAAAAGCAGGUCCUCCAGGCCACUAACACAGCCACCAACCACACACACUCACCCACAGAGCAGGAGGUGCUGGAGGCUGUGAGAGCGUUGGCUGUCCAGGAGGAGGCGCUGCAGAGUAGACUGCAGGAGCUCCAGGAGCAGCUCGCAGCCAGAGAGGAAGAGCUGGGGGAGCUGAGGAGCUCAGUGGAGGAGGAGAGGAGGAGGAGAGAGGAGGAGACGGAGCGACUGACACAGAGACUGCAGGAGGGAGAGAGGGAGAGAGAGGAGGAGAGAGAGACACUGAGAAUGAGCCUGGAGGAGCAGAAGAGGAGGAGAGUGGAGGAGGAGAAGAGGACAGAACAGGAGACAGAAGCACUGAGGAGCAAGUUAGAGGAGUUUCAGCGUCUGCUCCAGGAGUCGUUCAGCAUGGACACACUGCAGAAGAGUGUUUGUGAGCUGCAGGAGGAUGUGUGUGUGUGUGUGUGUGCGCCACUGAGAGCCGUCCAGGUCCUCACACACUCUCUGCUGCACACACUCCUCACGCCUCUACUGGCCUCACAGAACCUCCUGAAGCAUGCUGGGAUAGAUGUGGACAAUACCUCAGAUGGACUGGUGUGUGCCAUACAGCUGUUGUGCCAACAGAAAGAACAGUGCCAUGCUGAACUAGAACGUCUGCAGUUAGUUGAAGGGCAGCUUGAAGAAGAGGGUUCUAUUAAGAUGCAGAUGGAGCAACUCAGAGCAGAGCUGGAGUCCAGCAAGACAGAAGAGGCUGUCCUGCAGGAGCGGCUUCGGUCUCUGGAGGCUGAGUGGACCGUCCGGCUGGAGGAGGCGGAGAGGAGAGAGGAGGAGUGGAGAAUGAGUGCGAAAGAGAGGGAGCAGAGAGAGGAGGAGUGGAGGAGGAGAGUGGGAGCAGCGGAGGAGAGGGCGGAGGACCUGAGGAGGAGCCGGGAGGAGCAGGAGGAGGAGGUGCGAGAGAGGGAUGAGAGAGAGAGAAACGGAGAGAUGGAAGACAAAGAGAAUCGGAAUGCUCAGACUAUCAGCCUGCUGGAGGAGAGACUGCAGGAGAUGGAGAGAGAGAGGGAUGGACUGAGAGAACGACUGAAAGACAUGCAGACUGAAUUAAAGGACAAAGCUUCACCCACAUCCCAGAGCCCCACUCACUCCAAACAAGGCUCCUCCCCAGAGGCUGUGGCAUCCCUGAGGGCCUCUUUGACCCGCGCUCAACAGGAAGUGGUUUCUCGUGAUGACAUCAUCGCUGCAUUGAGUCGUGACCUAUCACAGGCCCACGCACGGAUGAGUGACAUGACAGGAGAGCUGAGUGAGGAGCAGAAGGCUGAGCUGGAGAGGCACCGGGUGCUGGUGGUGGAGCAGCGGGUCGAACUGAGCGCGCUCACACAAAGGCUGGCCAUGAUGUCACAGCUCGUGGAGCAGAAGGACAAAGAGCUGAAGGACACCAAGCUCACACUCAGACAGAGCAUAGAGGACAAUCAGAAGGAGAGAGUGAAGGAGCUGGAAUAUCCCUCGCUGGAGCUGAGCAGUCACAAUCCAAAACACACACAGGAAGUGGCAGUGAGUGACCUCUCAGAGCAGGGGUUAAAGUGCAGAGGUCACCGGCAUGAGGAAGUGAUGCGUCUUCAGCAGGAAGCCCUCAGUGAGUUGAGGAGUCGCAUGAGAGCACUGGAGCUGAACUGGCCAAUCAAGCUGCUCUCCCAGCAUCAGGACCCCCCUCAGAAGAAGCCAAUGCAGAACUCCCAGAGGGCUGUGGGGCAGAAGAAAAUGAUUGCCUCCAUGUGUGGGUUCCCUCUCUCCUCUGCGGUUCUGAGUGAAGCCAGUUUGGAGAGGACAGCCAGACUGGACAUGACAGACGCUCUGGAGCUUAGUGAACAAACGUACCUGGACUUGGCGCGUGCUCUGUGUGAGGCUCUGGAGCUGAGUGAGGGGCAGCUGCCGGGCUGUGCCCCCCUGAGGCACCUCUCUCCUGGGGAGCGGGAGCGGCUGGCCUCCCUGAGGGAGAGAGAUCUGGAGCUCCUGCGCUCACGUCUCGCACUGACCAACAGCCAGGGGCAGCGCACACUACUGCAACUGCAGGAGAGCCAGAGAGAGUUAUACACACUCAGGGCGGGCCAGGCUGAAAUGCAGCAGCUGAGAUCUCGUCUGGAGAGCGUGUGUGUGGAGCUGCAGAAAGAACGUGAGGAGACCGCUCUGCUGAGAGAGGCGCUGGAGCACACACACACACACACACACACACGCCUGGAGCACACACACGCGCAGAGCAGACAGCGCAACGCAAAACAGUCCAGCGCACAACAAAAGGUAGUGUUUGUUGGCAGACAGGAGAGAAGGAGAGUACCACACAACUGUGGGCAGAAAGCAGAGCACGAGGAGAGGUUGUCUAUAGAGCGCAGCAGUCUCCAGGAGAAGCUGAGGAAGAGAGACUAUGAGGUGGAGACACUCAAGAAGCACCUGCGAGAGAGAGAGGAGGAGCUUACACAUGUGACAUCACAACUCACCUGUAUGACAUCACAGACACCCCCACCUGAGGCCACACCCACAGAAACAGAUCACUGAAGAGGCGGACGAUAGGGUGUGUGUGUAUGUGUGUGUGCGUUAGAGGGUGACAAUUUUUUGGGACUCCCGCGGGUCACGGUAUUCCCGCGGGAGUCCUGCGGUACGGGAGUCAAUUUCACUGUUGGUAACGUGAUGGGGACGGGACGGGCAGAAGUGGACGGGAGGGGAACGGAGGAGAUGAAAUUACAACAUGCGGUGAGUGCACCCAAAGAUUGCAAGGCAUUUCUAGAAAAGAGAACCACUUACAACUCACAAUACGUUUGUUGAUAGGCUACUCUGCGGCUAGCAGUAGCCAAUCAGAGCAAUACAAAGCAGCUGCCCUGUUCAUAAGCCAAUCAAUCAGCGUCAGCGACUACACCUAAAACUGAAGGUGUUUUCUAUUGCCAUAUCAACGUGAGCUAAUUGCUAACGUUAUAUGAGAUGCUAGUUUUUGUAACGGCAGGAAUAAACACACAUGGUAACAAAAUCAAUCUAAACAUGUGUAGCUUUACUCAACACAUUAAAACUAAGGUACAGUGUAAUUGUCAAGUUGUAUGGCUCACUGGGUUCAAAGUCGAUCUUAAUAACCCUCGUCACCUCGACUAGCCUAUGUGGUGGUUGUUAUGGGAAACUUGCUAAUAAAUGGCAAUAAAGCUUAACUGUAGUGAAGUUCGCAAGAUUGGAAAGAGGAAAUAGCGUUUACAUUUCUAUUUAAAUUAUAGCCUUUCUAAUGCACUUUUGUGCGUUUUAAAUCCGAAAUAAGAUGGAAUGUGAGGAGACUGUAAUUAACUUUAAAGAGGCCUAUCUACAAUUGAAACUAUCUGUAGCCUAUGACGCAAAUAAGCCUCAUGUCCGGUCAAUGUCUGCUUUAGCCUAUUGUUGACAGCAGGGUUUUUUUUACGAUUUAAAAUGAUACUUUCUAGAUUUUAAUGGGCCAUGUUGAAGAGCUGAUGUCCGUUAUUGUUAAUGCAAAUAUACACUGAUUCAUGUCCCUUGCAUUUUGCAACUGUGAGGUCCAUGGUAGGCGCCUGAGAAAUAUUGUUUCAUUUUGCGAGUGAUAUCCACGUUCUGGCGGUGUUCUAAAUGUGCACAGAAGGAGUUCCUAAGCUAUAUAAGGUAUAAGCUAGGCCUAUUACACAACAUAAAUUGUCACUAUGCUGGCGACCCAAAUAAAAUCUAUACGACCCACCCUUUGGGAGCCAAUGCUUUAGACAACAUGGGGAAGGAAACGGGAGUGGGACGGGAUUCGGGAGCCUUCCUCUCGGGAUUUUGCAGGACAGGAUUUUUUUUGGGGGGGCAGUCACGUGAUCGGGAUAUGACGGGAGGAUUUGUGUGGGCUCGGGAUGGGACAGGAGUGAAAAUUGAUUCCCGUGUCACCCUCUAGUGUGCAUGUGUGUGCAGGGCCAGUAAGGGACACUUAAUUUUACUGAGAACUGAUAAGUUCUAGUGUGUGUGUGUGUGUGUAUGUGGGGGGGAGGUUACGAUAUGUCUGGUCAGAAAUAUUAAUGUGCUAUAGGCCUGCAGUGCAUACUAAGGUUUGGAUACAGCAGCCUGGUCCAGCUGGUAAGAAGUGUCCGUAACAGGUGACCCAGACUAUCUGUGAGGCAGGCAGGUAAUGGGUGCGACCACUACACCUUCAGUGUGUUAAAGCAGGACCCGUGGUGUGUGUUGAGUGUUAGUGGUUGGCAGUGUCCUUCAGCCACCGCUUGCUGUUGAUGAAUCCCUGCAUCUCAUCGUUGUUGUCUAAUCCAUAGCUAGGGAAGAUGGCUUCUACCACAUCAUCCCAGCGAUGACCAGCCCUGCAAACGUGCCCUGGCUCUCCCGGUCCCCUGCGCACGUUCUCAAAUGGCUCAACACGCCACUGAAGUCAUUGCACAGUAUAGCAUAGUACCCCCUGCUCACUUUUACACUGUUUUAUGUUCCAGGGCUUUUGAGAUCUGAUUGUAUUACCCUACAAUAAAAUGAUCUG